ACUACCUUUAAAGAGACGCUUGUCAACUUUAUCUCUUUACUUUUUUAUCUCUUUUUGAUACCCAUCAUGGUCGUGCAAAGUGACGAAAAGAUACAGUACGACAUCGACAGCAAAGAAGAGAUCGACAGUUCCCACAAUGAACAGGAUCACGAGAAGGGGUCCCGUACCACUUUGGCGCCAUCUCGGGCAGAAAAGGCCCUCGUGCGCAAGCUCGAUUAUCUUUACGUGAUGCCAUUUGUGGCCAUCCUCAAUUUUCUGCAGUUUUUCGAUAAAUCAGCGCUCAACUAUGCUAGUGUGCUCGGUAUUAUGGAUGAUGCCCAUCUUGACACUCGCCAAUACAGUUGGCUCGGCUCCAUUUUUUAUCUUGGUUAUUUACUCUAUCAGGUGCCCAAUACUAUCCUUAUCCAAAAAUUGCCUUUGGGAAAGUACAUUGGUGGUCUUAUCAUUAUCUGGGGUGCGGUGCUUGCCGUCACGUCUCAAGGCAAAAAUUUCUCUCAAUUGGCAGCUUUGCGCUUUUUGUUGGGCCUUUUCGAAGCAGGCAUAUAUCCAUGCUGUAUCAUGUUGAUUAGUACUAUGUACCGGCGUGUGGAACAGCCUGCGCGACUUGGAUGUGUCUAUAUUUGCAAUGGCUUGGCCAUGGCCGUCGGUGGUCUCGUCAGCUAUGGUAUCGGUUACAUGCACAACGUUCGAGGCAUGAGCGCCUGGCAAUGGAUCAUGAUCAUUCUCGGAUGUGCUACUGUAUUUUUUGGGCUAUUCUGCUUCUUUCUUUUGGUGGAUAAUCCCAGAUCACGUUUUCUUCGGCUGACGGAAGCCGAAAAGCAACUGGUGGAAGAUCGGGUGCGUGAUAAUGCCGUGGUGCGUAACAAGGAAAUCAAAUAUAGCCAUAUUAUCGAAGCAUUGAAGGAGCCGCGCUUUUACUGCUUUGCUAUUGUUUCAAUGCUAAUGAAUUUCCAAAAUGGCGCGUUGAACACAUUCACCACUAUCAUCACGCAAGGAUUCGGAUUCUCGGAUCUGAAUGCUAUUCUUCUCAGCGUGCCUUCAGGUGUCACAGAUUGUAUUUAUAUUGCUUUCGCCGUUUGGUACAAUCGCCGCUAUGGUCACACCAUCUACUUGACAUGUAUCCUUUUGAUCAUCUCCAUCAUUGGUCUCAUUCUUCUCCUGGUGAUUCCGUUGCCUCAAGCCAAACUCGCCGGGCUCUACAUGUGCUGGUCCUUUGCUGCCGCCUAUACCCUUCUUCUUGUGAGCCUCGCUAACAACGUGUCCGGUUAUACCAAAAAGAUCUUUUACAGCAGUGCCAUUAUCGUCAUGUAUACCGUCGGCAACUUUGCUGGCCCUCAAAUGCUGCAACCUCCGGACCUCGUGAACGGCAUGGUGGGCUACAUUGUGUCCAAUGCCGUAUCGAUUAUCCUCUUGCUCAUUGCUCGUCAUCAAAUGGCCCGCGUGAACAAACAACGAUUAUCCUCUGCAACCGAACGUCCGGCAAACGCCGUCAUGGAAGACUUGACGGACCAGGAGGACCCGAAUUUCAUUUAUAGAUUAUAACCAUUUUCCAUGACAUGCAUCUCCCCUAUAUAAAGCACGUGUAUGUUACACAUAUUCAGGGUUUCUCUGUUUCUCUCGACACAUCGGUUUUUGUAUCUGGCUCGUCACAGGAAGCCCUGAAACCGAAUGACCUUUGAUGGAUCAUUUUGAAUCACUUCUUUCAUCGCUUUACAUCCCACUAGUUAGUUACCCCAAGUAAUUAUCACAUUUAGAUCCAAUGCCACUGCUUUGAAACAUGAUAAAUGGAAGCAGCGUUAUUUAAAAGUCAUUAUAUCGAGUGCCUAAUUUAAGGUUUUGGUGCGAC